AUGGCGACAGCGCUUGUUCUUGGAGCGUCUGGAGUGUCCGGCUGGGGCGUUUUGGACGAGCUGCGCACCUACCCUUCGCCAACGGCCUUCAAGCGCAUCAUUGGCCUCACGUACCGUCCUCUAACGAAGGAGACUGCCAUGGUGCCCGAGGAGGACCACCACCGGGUCGAACUCUACAGCGGCUUCGACCUGGGUCUCCCAGUCGACGAGAUCGCAAAGAGGCUCAAAGCCAUCGACAACAUCGGCGAUGUGGGACCCGUCUAUUUUACGGCGUACACAGCGCACGGGCAGGGCCAUGACGAGGUCAUCAGAGCGAAUGUGGCCCUCGUCUCCAAUUCCAUCCAAGCAUUGGAGAAAGUGUGUCCCAAUUUCUCGUUCUUCACUCUGCAGACUGGUGGGAAGCACUACGGUCUUGAAUGGAUCGAACACAUCAAGAUUGAGAUCCCGUUGAAGGAGUCUGCCCCCCGCGUGCCAUCGCCUUGGGGAGACAAAAUCUUCUACUACGCCCAGGUCGACGAGAUUAAGAGGCUCGCCAAAGGCAAGAAAUGGGGAUGGUGCGAGCUACGCCCCGAUGCGAUUAUCGGAUUCGUGCCGCAGAACAAUGCCAUGAGCAUCGUCCAGGGCCUCGGUCUGUACUUCAGCUUCUACAAGUGGCUGCAUGGCCCCAAUCCCCCGCCGGUGAGGUUCCCGGGCAACGAAGGAGCCUGGAACGCCAAACGAACGGACACAUCGUCGACGGUGCUCGCACGCUUCCACAUCUACGCGUCGCUGCACCCGGAGCGGGUGGAUGGGAAGUCAUUCAACGUCGCGGACUCGUCGGAGCCCACGCAGUGGAAGGUGCUCUGGCCCAUCAUCUGUAACUACUUCGGGGUAUCCACGCUGGACGGGCCGGAUCCUGAGGGCAAGGCGCAGUCGAUUGGGGCGUUCAUGGAGGGCAACAAAGACAAAUGGACGCAGUGGGUGCGGGAGACGCGAGUCCGGCCAGGCACACUCGAGGGCACCAGCUGGCCGUUCAUCAACUACCUGACCCAGGAGUGGACGUUUGACCACCCCUUCGACCUGACCGAGAUGUACGCCACGGGGUUCCCCGACGUGCUGGAUACGCCGACGCAGUGGUUGCUGGGAUUCGACCGGAUGAAGGCCGCGAAUCUCAUUCCGAAGUAG